CUUUAAAAGGAGGCUCCAACUCGUUAAACCGAACCUGUGAUCUACAUUUCUCCUUCAGACAUCUGGAAAGAUGUGCUUUCCAAACCCAUCUAAUGCAAAACCUGGUUUGAUGGAAAGCCGUUGACUUCACAUGCAAGGAUGGGCCUGUUCAAUUAUUCAUUACUUGUCUCGAGGACAUAAAUCUUUUACUUCGAAAACAAUGUUCUGUUGGAUCAUACUGCUAAGCAGCUCUGCGCAGUUGUUUUGGCCGGGAAACUGAUGGCAUGAACUGGACUGCUUGUACUGGAUAAGAUUUCGAAGGUUUGGAAUUCUCUAGUUUUUUAAUUGAUCAGAAACAAUGGCCAUGGCUUCUUCUGUUAAAGUGGUUCUAGGCUCAAUUGCCUUUGCAAUGUUCUGGGUAUUGGCAGUUUUCCCUGCUGUCCCCUUUCUACCAGUUGGGAGGACUGCAGGGUCCUUACUGGGGGCCAUGCUUAUGGUUUUGUUCAGAGUCAUAACCCCAGAUCAAGCAUAUGAUGCAAUUGAUCUCCCAAUCCUUGGCCUUUUAUUUGGUACUAUGGUUGUCAGUGUCUAUCUUGAAAGAGCAGAUAUGUUCAAAUAUUUAGGUAAGUUGCUUGCAUGGAAAAGUAAGGGUGCCAAGGACUUACUUUGCAGAAUUUGCCUGAUUUCUGCCCUUUCAAGUGCUCUUUUCACCAAUGAUACCUCAUGUGUGGUUUUGACCGAAUUUGUGUUGAAAAUUGCAAGACAACAUAAUCUACCCCCUCAUCCAUUCCUGCUUGCUCUUGCCUCAAGUGCCAAUAUAGGGUCUUCAGCAACUCCAAUUGGGAAUCCUCAAAACCUCGUUAUAGCAGUUCAGAGUAAAAUUUCUUUUGGGGAUUUUCUUAUUGGAAUUCUACCUGCAAUGCUGGUAGGAGUCUUAGUGAAUGCUUUACUUCUCCUGUGCAUGUAUUGGAGAUUGUUAUCUUUUCAGAAGGAUGAAGAAGAUCCAAGUGGAGCGGCUGUAGCUGAAGCGGAUGUGACUUCUCAUCGGUUUUCACCAGCAACCAUGUCACAUUUUUCUUCAUCGAACUCUCAAGAAUGGAACUCAACAUUGGACCCUAUGAAUGUGAUAAGGUCUCCCAACUCAAUUGGUAGCACAGCUCAUGUUGACAACCUCAGAAGCCGAGUAAAUUCAGCUGAUCAGAAUGAAAUCCAGAGGGUACCUAGUGGUGCAACUGAUUCUGCAAGGAAUUCAAAUGCAUCAAAGGAGGGGACGAUGGAAGGCCACUCCCAUGGAAAGGAGGAACCUGUGGCUUCAAAGAUGAUUGCAUUGACGGACUCCCAUGGAAAGGAGGAACCUGUGGCUUCAAAGAUGAUUGCAUUGACGGAUAGCUUGCCAGACGUAUGUUCUGUGCAAUCUUUAGGAGAAAAGGAAAGCUUACCCAGAAGGUGGAAAAGGAGUUUUUGGAGAUUCAGUGUCUACUUUGUUACCAUAGGGAUGCUGAUUUCUCUGCUUAUGGGCCUUAAUAUGUCCUGGACUGCAAUUACCGCAGCACUUGCUCUUAUAGUUCUUGACUUUCAGGAUGCUCGGCCUUGCCUAGAAAAGGUGUCCUAUUCGCUUUUAAUUUUCUUCUGCGGAAUGUUUAUCACAGUCGAGGGCUUCAACAAAAGUGGAAUCCCAAGCACUCUUUGGGACUUGAUGGAACCCUAUGCAAAGAUCAAUCGUGUUUCAGGGAUAGCAAUUCUAGCCAUUGUCAUACUUGUCCUCUCCAAUUUGGCCUCAAAUGUACCGACCGUUCUGUUGCUUGGAGGGCGUGUGGCAGCAUCAGCUGCUGCAAUUUCUGCAUCUGAUGAGAAGAAAGCAUGGCUUAUUUUAGCCUGGGUCAGCACUGUGGCUGGGAACCUUUCACUACUGGGAUCAGCUGCUAACUUGAUAGUGUGUGAGCAAGCUCGUCGUGCUCCAAACCUUGGAUACACUUUGUCCUUCUGGAAACACCUUAUAUUUGGACUUCCCUCAACGCUUAUAGUUACUGCUAUCGGUUUGAUACUCUUUAGAUGAUUAAAUAAAUGUCCUUUACAAGAGGCUUAUAAGAAAAAACACAAAGAAGAAAAGGAUACGUGGCACUCAUCUUAUAGAGAAGAUCAAGAGCUGCGAGGUUUCACCAAUUAGGCAUGGCGGCAAAUGUUUGUUUCAAAGGGACUGGGUUUGGUUUAUGUUAAAUAAAAUAAUGCUAUUAGUUUUGAAGUGUUGCACGUGUCAUGGCUUUCUUCUAGCCAGAAAGCAAAAAAAUAAAAAUAAAAAAGUCACCAUGUUCUCCAACUUGCCAGCUAA